CGCAGAGCAGCCCCUCCGGCCGCGGCCGCCCACUGGCCCCCGGCCCGGCUCUAUGGACAGGAGCUCGCUGCUGCAGCUCAUCCAGGAGCAGCAGCUGGAUCCUGAGAACACGGGCUUCAUCGGCGCAGACACCUUCGCUGGGCUGGUGCAUAGCCAUGAGCUGCCUCUGGACCCUGCCAAGCUGGACAUGCUGGUGGCCUUGGCCCAGAGCAACGAGCGGGGCCAGGUCUGCUAUCAGGAGCUGGUGGACCUGAUCAGCAGCAAGCGCUCAAGCAGCUUCAAGCGGGCCAUCGCCAGUGGUCAGCGGGCAUUGCCCCGGGACGGGCUGCCGGACGAGCCCGGCCUGGGCGUCUACAAACGGUUCGUGCGCUAUGUGGCCUACGAGAUCCUGCCCUGUGAGGUGGACCGCCGUUGGUACUUCUACCGGCACCGCAGCUGCCCACCCCCUGUGUUCAUGGCCUCUGUCACCCUCGCCCAGAUCAUCGUGUUCCUGUGCUACGGGGCGCGGCUCAACAAGUGGGUGCUGCAGACCUACCACCCGGAAUACAUGAAGAGUCCCCUGGUGUACCACCCCGGGCACCGCGCCCGGGCCUGGCGCUUCCUCACCUACAUGUUCAUGCACGUCGGCCUGGAGCAGUUGGGGUUCAACGCGCUCCUGCAGCUGAUGAUUGGGGUGCCCCUAGAGAUGGUGCACGGCCUGCUCCGCAUCAGCCUGCUCUACCUGGCUGGCGUGUUGGCAGGCUCUCUGACCGUCUCCAUCACCGACAUGCGGGCCCCUGUGGUGGGCGGUUCCGGCGGGGUCUACGCCCUCUGCUCGGCACAUCUGGCCAACGUUGUUAUGAACUGGGCCGGGAUGCGGUGUCCCUACAAGCUGCUAAGGAUGGUGCUGGCCUUGGUGUGCAUGAGCUCCGAGGUGGGCCGGGCCGUGUGGUUGCGCUUCUCCCCACCAGUCCCUGCCUCGGGUCCGCAGCCCAGCUUCAUGGCGCACCUGGCAGGUGCAGUGGUGGGCGUGAGCAUGGGCCUGACUAUCCUGCGUAGCUACGAGGAGCGUCUGGGUGACCAGUGUGGCUGGUGGGUGGUGCUGCUUGCCUACGGCACCUUCCUGCUCUUUGCCAUCUUCUGGAACAUCUUCGCCUACGACCUGCUGGGCGCCCAUGUGCCCCCGCCGUCCUGACAGGCCUUGGGCCAAGGCGUGGGGUUCGGUGGCCGCUGGCGGGCUGCGCGUCCAUUCUCUGUGAAUGUUCGUGUGGAAGCUGUUUUUCCCCCUGGGGGGUGGGUGGCC